AUGACCCAAUCGGGGAAGUUUUUUAAUCGUCCCCCGAAUGAAAAUCCUGUUUUAGGAAGAAUUGUUAAUUUUUUUAUAUUUUGGCAGGUAUAUGAGGGUAAAGUGACAAACAUCUUGAAUUUUGGCUGCUUUGUGCAGCUAGAAGGCUUACGGCGCAGGCUUGAAGGUCUUGUACAUAUUUCACAGCUGCGACAAGAGGGUCGUGUUACUAAUGUGUCUGAUGUAGUUAUGAGAGGACAAAAAGUAAAGGUGAAGGUGCUAUCAUUUACUGGUCAGAAAACUUCUCUGUCUAUGAAGGAUGUGGACCAAGAAACUGGUGAGGACCUGAACCCUCAUGUUGCUCCUCUGGGAAGCAACAGCCAGGAGGAAGAAGCUAUGAGAAACCCAGAUAGACCCAUGUCCCUCAUGGAACUGACUAAAGGUACUGAUGAAGAGGAUCUAGCAACAUACAAGCGAGUUAACCGAAUUUCUUCACCUGAAAGAUGGGAACUAAAGCAGAUGAUGGCUGCCAGCUGCAUCAGUAAAUCAGAAAUGCCAGACUUUGAUGAGGAGCUUGGAGUGAUGGGUGGUGAAGAUGAUGAUGAAGAAGAUGUAGAGAUUGAACUUGUAGAAGAAGAACCUGCCUUCUUGCGGGGCUAUGGCAGGGUGAGGGAGGAACUUAGUCCAGUGCGGAUCAUGAAGAACCCGGAUGGCUCAUUAGCUCAAGCAGCAAUGAUGCAGAGUGCUCUUGCAAAAGAGCGUAGAGAAAUAAAGAUGGCUCAGAGAGAGAGUGAAAUGGAUUCACAGCCAUCCAGUCUUGGCCAAAAUUGGAAUGAUCCACUACCUGAAACUCAGCGAAAUGACCCAGCUAUGUCUCGUGGUUUGCCAUCUCAGCAACAAGAAGUGCCGGAAUGGAAGAGACAUAUUACAGGUGGAACCAGAGGUUCAUAUGGAAAGAAAACCAACAUGUCCCUUUUAGAACAACGACAAAGCCUCCCUAUCUAUAAACUACGAGACCAGCUUAUCAAGGCCAUCGAUGACAACCAGAUCCUCAUUGUUGUUGGUGAGACUGGAUCAGGCAAGACCACACAGAUGACACAGUAUCUUGCAGAGGCAGGUUUUACUGCUAAGGGAAAAAUUGGCUGCACCCAGCCAAGAAGAGUGGCAGCCAUGUCAGUGGCUAAGAGAGUAUCAGAAGAAUUUGGGUGUAGACUGGGGCAAGAAGUAGGUUAUACUAUUCGUUUUGAGGACUGCACUAGCUCAGAGACUGUUAUCAAAUACAUGACUGAUGGUAUGUUAUUAAGAGAGUGUCUCAUUGAUCCAGAUAUGUCAUGUUAUGCUUGCAUUAUGUUGGAUGAGGCUCAUGAAAGAACUAUUCACACAGACGUUUUAUUUGGUCUCUUGAAGCAAGCCGUGGCUAAAAGACCUGAACUUAAGCUUAUUGUUACCUCUGCCACUUUGGAUGCUGUCAAGUUCUCUGAGUACUUCAAUCAAGCUCCAAUCUUCACUAUUCCUGGUAGAACUUUCCCAGUAGAGAUUUUAUACACAAGGGAGCCAGAAACAGAUUAUCUUGAUGCAGCCCUUAUAACUGUAAUGCAGAUUCACCUCUCUGAGCCACCAGGUGAUGUAUUAGUUUUCCUCACUGGUCAAGAGGAAAUUGAUACUGCAUGUGAAAUUCUCUAUGAACGCAUGAAGGCACUCGGGAGUGAUGUACCAGAACUCAUCAUUUUACCUGUGUAUUCAGCAUUGCCCUCUGAAAUGCAGACAAGAAUAUUUGAACCAGCACCACCAGGCUCACGAAAGGUGGUAAUUGCUACCAACAUUGCAGAAACAUCUCUUACUAUUGAUGGCAUCUAUUAUGUUGUAGAUCCAGGUUUUGUAAAGCAGAAAGUAUACAACCCUAAGACAGGUAUGGACUCGUUAAUGGUCACACCAGUUUCCCAAGCAGGAGCCAAGCAGCGAGCAGGCCGUGCUGGGCGCACAGGUCCAGGGAAGACCUACAGGCUUUAUACUGAACGUGCUUACAGAGAUGAGAUGUUACCAACAAGUGUACCAGAGAUCCAACGGACGAACCUUGCUGCAACAGUACUCCAGCUGAAAGCGAUGGGGAUCAACGACUUGCUAGGCUUUGAUUUUAUGGACCCUCCCCCAACUGAUGCCAUGGUCAUGGCUCUCGAGACUCUUCACUCACUCAGGCCUAAAGAAAAGCAGGCUUUAGCUGACCAGAAGAAAGCUAAGUUCAACCAAGCUGAGGGGGAUCACUUGACACUGCUUGCUGUUUACAACUCAUGGAAAAAUAAUAAAUUCUCCAAUGCGUGGUGCUACGAAAACUUUGUACAGAUGCGCACACUUAAGAGAGCUCAAGAUGUCAGAAAGCAAUUACUUGGUAUUAUGGACAGACACAAAUUAGAUGUAGUAUCAUGCGGUAAGAAUGUAGCAAGAGCCCAGAAGGCAAUUUGCUCUGGGUUCUUUCGUAAUGCAGCUAAGAAAGAUCCUCAAGAAGGGUACAGAACACUAGUGGACUCCCAAGUGGUGUAUAUUCAUCCUUCAUCAGCCCUCUUUAAUAGACAACCAGAAUGGGUAGUGUACCAUGAACUGGUGCAGACAACGAAGGAGUAUAUGCGCGAAGUGACAACCAUAGAUCCCAAGUGGCUGGUUGAGUUUGCCCCAUCCUUCUUUAAGCAGGGAGACCCAACCAAACUUAGCAAAUAUAAAAAGAACCAAAGACUCGAGCCCCUAUAUAACAAGUACGAAGAACCCAAUGCUUGGAGAAUAUCUAGAGUUAGAAGGCGAAGAAACUGAGCCAGUUUUAUUUUUGUUUGUACUGUGUGUAUAUUCUCAUCAUUUGGUAAUAACUUGAGAAAUUUAAUGGUCGAAAAUUUUAUAGUUAGACUUUUUUGUACUUGGAGCAAAUAACAUUAAACAUAAUUAUAUA